GUCCAUUGAAUUUCAUGCGCACAACUGAUGUCGCAUCUUAUCCAAAUCUUGUUUUGGCCUGUCGAGGGUAGGGUGACAACACCACAAGUGUGUCAUGCGCAUUGUUCGUGCCGCCGCCGCUGUCGUCGUUUCUACGGUUGUCACAACUGUGGCCGCGUCGUCUCCACGUGUUUCCCAGGUUCAUCUAGCCCUCACAAACGCCGUGCAAGACUGUCCGAAUGGGGUUGCCAUCUCAUUUGCGUCGCCAGUGGCGGCCCCGUACGACGUCCAGUACGCCAUUCAAGGCCACGACAAUUGGAGUGUCCGCGCUAGCACCAGCGACUCGUAUCAUGUCAAAGCAGGGCGAUAUUCGUACCAGUCGCCGCACCUGCACACGGCCUACGUGUGCGACCUGCUGCCGCAAACGACUUAUGUGUACUCGAUUGACAACUCGACCAAACAUUUGUUUGUGACGCCGCCAAUGGUCGGUAGCCGUGACGCGCCCACCGUCAUUGGGGUAGUGGGCGAUCCAGGGGACACGAGCGACAGCUCCAAGACGUUGCACAGCCUUGGCCAAGCGUACCGGGGCUUGGCAACCCAGGCGAUUGUGAUUGCGGGAGACUAUAGCUACGCGAACGGGGAGCACGAAAUAUGGGACAAAUGGUAUACCGUGCAAGAAGACGUGUUUUCCCGUGUGCCGCAGCUGGGCAUCAAUGGCAACCACGAAACCAUAUCGAGUCAUGGCCACACCCCCGACUCCCCCUACGCCAACGAGUUUGAAGGGGAAGACUAUGUGGCGUACUUGAAACGUACGGUGACCCCGCUGUCCGUCGAGGCCAAGGCGGCCAAGCGGACGUACUACUCGUUUGAUCUGGGGGUCGUGCACUUGGUUUUUCUCGACGAUUACGUUGGUUCCCAAGGCAACGCCAUCAACACUGUUGGCACAGUGACGUGGCAACACGAGCGGGAGUUGCAACUGUCGUGGCUCGAAACCGACUUGGGUCAUGUGAACCGCACAUUGACUCCUUGGGUGGUUGUGAUCAAGCACAAUCCGUUCUACAACACGUGGAUGGACCAUCAAUGCCAAUGCUCCAAGCGCAAAUACGUGGUUGCCCCAGAGGACGUGGAAGCGUGCUGGGGGGGGCACUACGUGGCUGGGUCCCCCAUGUACGAGCCAGCGUGUGGACUGCAAGCCAAGUUUGAGCGUCUGUUUGUCCAACAUGGGGUGAAUGUGGUCAUGGCGGGCCAUGUCCACGGGUACGAGCGCACAGCGCCGAUUGUCGACAACGAAUUCAACGCCGACAAGGGCGUGGUAUAUGUGACCACAGGCGCCGGCGGCAACUACGAAGGCCAUGCGGGGCCACGGGUACCCGGGGCAGUCCCGACUUGGUCGCGAAGGGCCAACAACAAGGUGUAUGGUGCCGCUAAAGUCGUGGCGACGUACGAUUGGCUCGAGUUGCUCUGGUUUGCAAAUACCAAGGCCAGUGACCCGUGGGAUGCAGUUACGUUGACAAGAAGACAGUAACUAGCGUUAGCUUUAAAGCGUUUGAUAAGGCUACUGGUAACGUUAGCACGAAUCCCAGCCAAGGAAUGGAAUAGAGCCAGCCACCAGUACUUUAUAUUCAGUUGUGUGAAUACUGUAAAUACUGAAGAUAUACAAACAACAUUGAGUUGGGUGGUUGUGGGUUUAUUAUAUAUUAUAUGGCGGCGUUAUGGCGAAUAUUAGCACGUGAUUAACGCUGUAAAUUGAUGGUCAGUGUAACUAUGACAUGAAAAAGCAUCAUGUUCGAGCCGUCGCCAAGACGGAAACGACCCGGUCAAGGUAUUACGUUGUCCUCCCCCCAUCAAAUCGUCGUGUCGAUCUAUAUAUAUAUAUAUAUAAAUACAUUGGUUUUCAGACCAAAAUUGAAAAGUUACACAUGGUUA